GGGAGGGCGGGACCGAGCCAAAUUGGGUCUGGGGUCUGGGGCUUGGGUGCGAAAUUCUAAGGUGAAUUCUUAAACCCCUUAAAAUGUCUGAUGACGUUUCCUCACGACGAUCAGGAGAUGCAGCUCUCUCCCAUGGUUCCUUGUUGCCCUUAAUAUUCUACGCCAUCUAGAAAAAAAUGUCUGAGGAUCACCCCAUUAUCCCAAGUUCACCCUAAUCUCUUUCCAUGAUUUCACAGUGCGUUUACACCAGUAAUCUGUUUGUGACCCCUCAGUAGUUAUCAGGUAUAGUUUUUGGAAACCCUUCCCUCAACCGUACCUCCAUUUUCCUCACCUGGAUAUCAUUGUCUUCCUUUUCUCUUCCUCUUGAUAGUUUUCUGAUGAACCAUCAUUGCCACUGCAUUUGAUUUAAUGUGUAAUGUGCUCUGUUAUCCAGCUGUUUUUCACAGUCUGUAGUGACUCCUAUGACGUCUGUCUGUAGUAUAGUGUUUGGUGAACCUCUGUGAACCCAUCAUCGAGUCUGGUGACCUGUAUUAGCUAUCUGACAGUACCUUUGAUUCUACCAUCAGCCUUAUAGCUCAGUGCUCUGGAGUGCCCACAGUGCCUUUUAAGGUCAUUGGUACAGUCUUCAUUUCCUCCAAACUAAAGACAAGGUCUGAUGGUCCUCCAUUUUCCUUUCCCCUGUCUGUGACUCCUUUCACUAUAGUGUGUGAUCACUCAUUCUCCUCAAGCUAAGACAGCCUGUUCAUUUCCAUUGUGUACCUGAGCCCUGUGAUCUCAGUGCAGUGCAUACUGACUUCCCCCAUUAGUCUCUAGAAGAGUCUGUGUUCUGCACAGUCCAGAACCAUGAGCACUGCAGUGAGUCUUAGAUCUUGGUGCUCAAUUGUGAGGUACGCAAUAGGAGAUUCUCAGCAGAGAAGGGUUAGUGGCACAGGGCUGUUUGAUAAAAGUGGGAUUCAGGGAGCAGCAGGAGCUUGGAGAUGGAAUUUUAUAUGUCCUCUGCCACUCUGCUUUCAGGCUGUCAUUACUAGACCUCUGAAUUUUUCCUCUGUCCUCUGCUAGGAGGCCUAUGGCAGCUGCUCAGUCCUACCUCAGCCCAUCUUGAAAAAAAUCUUAGGCAACAUGGAACCACCACGAGGCCCUCCUGUUAGUGGGGCUGAGCCAUCUCGGGCAGUUGGCACUGUCAAAGUGUACCUGCCUAACAAGCAACGCACGGUGGUGACUGUCCGGGAAGGCAUGAGUGUCUAUGACUCUUUGGACAAGGCCCUCAAGGUGCGGGGUCUCAAUCAGGACUGCUGCGUGGUCUACAGACUCAUCAAAGGAAGAAAGACAGUCACUGCCUGGGACACAGCCAUUGCGCCUCUGGAUGGUGAGGAGCUCAUUGUGGAGGUCCUGGAAGAUGUGCCGCUGACCAUGCACAAUUUUGUACGGAAGACGUUCUUCAGCCUGGCCUUCUGUGACUUCUGCCUUAAGUUUCUGUUCCAUGGAUUCCGCUGCCAGACCUGUGGCUACAAGUUCCACCAGCAUUGUUCCUCCAAGGUCCCCACCGUCUGCGUUGACAUGAGUACCAACCGCCGACAGUUCUACCACAGCAUCCAGGAUUUGUCUGGAGGCUCCAGGCAGCAGGAGGCUCCCUCAAAUCUCUCUGUGAAUGAGCUGCUAACCCCCCAGGGUCCCAGCUCCUUUACCCAGCACCGUGACCAGGAGCACUUCUCCUUCCCUGCCCCUGCCAAUCCCCCACUGCAGCGCAUCCGCUCCACAUCUACUCCUAACGUCCACAUGGUCAGCACCACAGCUCCCAUGGACUCCAGCCUCAUGCAGUUUACUGCUCAGAGCUUCAGCACCGAUGCUGCUGGUAGAAGUGGUGGUGAUGGAGCCCCUCGGGGUAGCCCUAGCCCAGCUAGUGUGUCUUCAGGGAGGAAGUCCCCACAUUCCAAGUUACCUUCAGAACAGCGGGAGCGGAAGUCCUUGGCAGAGGAAAAGAAAAAAGUGAAGAACCUGGGGUACCGGGACUCAGGCUAUUACUGGGAAGUGCCACCCAGUGAGGUACAGCUGUUGAAGAGGAUCGGGACAGGCUCUUUUGGCACUGUGUUUCGGGGGCGUUGGCAUGGCGAUGUAGCUGUGAAGGUGCUCAAGGUGGCCCAACCUACCGCUGAGCAGGCCCAGGCCUUCAAGAAUGAGAUGCAGGUGCUCAGGAAGACACGACAUGUCAACAUUUUGCUGUUCAUGGGUUUCAUGACUCGGCCAGGGUUUGCCAUCAUCACACAGUGGUGUGAGGGUUCCAGCCUCUACCACCACCUACAUGUGGCUGACACGCGCUUUGACAUGGUCCAGCUCAUUGAUGUGGCCCGGCAGACUGCCCAGGGCAUGGACUACCUCCACGCCAAGAACAUCAUUCACCGAGACCUAAAGUCCAACAAUAUCUUCCUACAUGAGGGGCUCACAGUCAAGAUUGGUGACUUCGGCUUGGCCACGGUGAAGACACGGUGGAGUGGGGCCCAGCCCUUAGAGCAGCCCUCAGGGUCUGUGCUAUGGAUGGCAGCUGAGGUGAUCCGCAUGCAGGACCCGAACCCUUACAGCUUCCAGUCGGAUGUCUAUGCCUAUGGUGUUGUGCUGUAUGAGCUUAUGACCGGCUCACUGCCCUACAGCCACAUUGGCAGCCGUGACCAGAUCAUCUUUAUGGUGGGCCGUGGCUAUCUGUCUCCGGACCUCAGCAAAAUCUUCAGUAAUUGCCCCAAAGCCAUGAGGCGCCUGCUGACUGACUGCCUCAAGUUCCAGCGGGAGGAGCGGCCCCUAUUUCCCCAGAUUCUGGCCACGAUCGAGCUACUGCAGCGGUCACUCCCCAAGAUUGAGCGGAGUGCCUCCGAACCAUCCUUGCACCGCACCCAGGCUGAUGAGUUGCCUGCCUGCCUUCUCAGCGCAGCCCGCCUUGUGCCUUAGACCCCACUCCCAGCCCACCAGGGAGCCAGUUUCAGUCUACCAUGCCAAGGCAUCCCUACCUACCAGCCAAUGAUUGUUCUGCCUCUGCCUUGAUACUGCCUCAGGAUUCCCUAUCCCAUACCCUGGGAAAUUUGGGGGACCCCAGAAACUGAGGUCCCCUGCUUUCUCCAUAAUUUGGUCUCCUCUUGGCUGUGGGGAUAGUUCUAAUUUGAAGAGCUGUUUUGUCUCCAAUGGCUGGGAUUCAGUGCAAGGAUUCCACUCAACCUCUUUCUAAAGUUUUUGCUUGAUGUGUCUUCACUGGAUUUUGGGGUUCCCAGCACCCCAUGUGGACUUGGGGGUUUCCCUUUGUCUCCACCACUAUUCAAGGACUCUCCUCUUUACCAAGAAGCACAGAAUUCUGCUGGGCCUUUGCUUGUUU